AUGUUCACCGACGCGCACGAUCCCUUCCCUCGAAACCCUAAUCUGAUCGGAUUCUCCUUCUCCUGGGAACUGGAUUACGUGAACGUGCUGAACAUUCUAGAAGAUUUGGGGGUUCCGGUGAGAUCUGAGGAGAGGCUUGAGAGUGGGUCCACGUGUUUCGUGUUCGGAGGGGGCGCGGUUCUCUCGGCCAAUCCGGAGCCGUUUGCGGAUUUCUUUGAUGUGAUUUUGAUGGGCGACGGCGAGGAGCUUCUGGGAAGCUUCGUGGACGCGUUCGAGGCGUGUGUGUCGGGAGGAGGGGUGGAGGGAGCCAGUGGUAGCAGCAGAAGCAGCAGGCGGUUGGAGAUUCUCUCGGCUCUGGCUCAGGUGCCAGGGGUGUACGUGCCUCUGCUGUACCGGGUGGAAUACCACAGAUCCACGGGACCCAUUGCUGACGUGUCACCUCUGCAACUGCCAGCUGGCAGCACAAAUGUCAGCAGCAGCAUCAGUACAGGAAUGAUGCUCCCAGCAGCUCCUGCAGUGGUGGAGAGGCAGACGUACAGAGGCAAGCAGCUGGCAACGUCCACUGUGGUGUCUCCGCGCAUGGCGUGGGAGGGGAUAUACAUGGUGGAGGUGGUGCGCAGCUGUCCCGAGGUCUGUCGCUUCUGCCUCGCCAGCUACUCCUCUCUGCCCUUCCGCCCUGCCGCUCUUGAAGACCACCUCAUCCCCGCUAUAGAGAGAGGCCUGCAGGUGACCAACCGCAUAGGCCUGCUGGGCGCAUCAGUCACACAGCACCCACACUUCGACAGCCUGCUCUCCUACCUGCUGCAGCCGCACAUGAAGGACAUUCGCCUCAGCAUUGCAUCAGUGCGCACCAACACAGUGACCGCCAAGCUGGCAGCGGCGUUGGCGCAAUCCGGGACUCGGUCUCUCACCAUUGCGGUUGAGAGCGGUUCCGAGCGCAUGCGGCGCGUGGUGAACAAGAAGCUGGAUUCAGCAGACAUCGUUGCAGCAGCAGUGAACGCACAGGAGGGCGGCCUGUCGGGGUUGAAGCUCUAUGGCAUGGUUGGGCUCCCCAGCGAGACGGAUGCUGACGUGGCAGAGACAGUGGGCAUGAUGAGGGAGCUGAGGAGAGCUGCUCCCCGGCUCAAGCUCACCCUCGGAUGCUCCACCUUCGUGCCCAAGGCGCACACGCCGUUCCAGUGGCAGCCGGUGCAGGCAGCAGCAGAGGCGCGGCUGAGAGUGCUGGAGAAGGAGAUGCGGAAGGAGGGCGUGGAGUUCCGCCCUGAGAGCUACAAGUGGAGCGUGUGGCAGGCUGUGCUCUCAAGAGGCGACCGCCGGCUGUCGAGGCUGCUGCAGAGGGCGCGCGAGUUCGGCGGGUCGCAGGGCAGCUUUGGGCGCGCCUUCAAGGAGAUGAAGGGGCAGGUGCCGCCGCCUGAAUAUUAUGCUUUCAGACUGGUGGGGGAGAGUGAGGUGCUCCCGUGGGCUCACCUCUCGGGCGCUCUGCCAGUGGACCACUUUUCUGGCUCUCACCUCUCAGGCGCUCUGCCAGUGAAAGUUCUCAAGCACCAUGCAGCCGACGCAGCUACGCACUUUGGCACCUCUCCUCUCAGGCACCUCUCCUCUCAGGCACCUCUCCUCUCAGGCACCUCUCCUCCCAGGCACCUCUCCUCCCAGGCACCUCUCCUCUCAGGCACCUCUCCUCCCAGGCACCUCUCCUCCCAGGCACCUCUCCUCUCAGGCACCUCUCCUCCCAGGCACCUCUCCUCUCAGGCACCUCUCCUCUCAGGCACUCUGCCAGUGGACGUGCUCAGGCAGGCCUCUCAACACUCUUAUUUCUCCGACUCGCUCGCUGCCAGUGGGACGAGCUGUGGUAGCAUGCAGGCAACGCGGCUGCACACUCAUGGCCACAGUACCCCUCACCCCACCUGA